CGAUUCUCAAAACGACGACGCGUUUCCUCUACCCCCCUGAGGCUCGCGCGCUCCGCCACCUCUCCUCCACCACCACUUCAGCCUUUCGGCCUCUACGCGUCGCUGCUGUCCGAAACCCUAGGCGCCUUCUAUGGACGACAUCGUCCUCUCCGACGGCGAUGACCAACUCUUCGACCUCGACUACACUCCGUAUGGCCGCAAGCGCCCGUUAUCUCCCUGCUCCGAUCACUUAGAUUACGAGGACGACCGCGAGAAGCUUUACCUAGUUCCCUACCGGUGGUGGAAAGAGGCACAAAGUGGCACUGCUGAUCAUAUCGUAGGAGUUUUAUACUCUGUAUCAUCGGAUGAUGAGUCUCAGUCGGAAAUUGUGCUGAACCUGAGGAAGCAAGAGGAUUAUGAGAAGAGGAACAAGGUGGAAGAAGGGGUUUCAGGGCAUCAGUAUGCAUUGCUUAAUGAAGCUUUAUUUUUUUGGUCACUUAAAUGGUAUAGGUAUAGUUAUUCUAAAAGAGCUGUGAAGGAGAAUUGGAGCCUUUCAAUUGCAGCAGAUAACUUUCAUGACCUGUUUACCUUGCGAAUCAGGCUUUCAUUUUCUCCAGAAGCAGAUUCAUUGGUAGUAAAGAUCGGCUUAAAGGACAAUUUGCUUGAUCCUUUUAUGAGAGCUUGCUGCAUUUUUAAUACCAAUUCUGAGCUAUUACAUAUUUGGGACUUCUCAGGGCAGACAAGCCUCUUUCUUUUGAAUGAAAAAGUCAAUUUCUGCAAUGGUUUCCCUGGACAGCCAGGAAAAGAGAUUCUUCUAGAAUUGCAUGUCCAUGGAUUUUCAGUUUCUAAAAAGGAGAGGAAUGAGGAGGGGGAGGAUUUAUCCAAUUCCUUGCUAUCUGGUAUUGGCUACAGGGGAAUUGGUUCACUGGGCUUGACAGGACUGCAGAAUCUUGGAAAUACUUGUUUCAUGAACAGCGCAAUGCAGUGUUUGGUGCAUACCCCACAGUUUGUAGAUUAUUUCCUGGGAGACUACCGAAAAGAUAUAAAUUACAAAAAUCCAUUGGGGAUGAAUGGUGAACUUGCUUUAGCAUUUGGAGAACUGUUAAGAAAGCUCUGGACUCCAGGAACUAUGUUAGUAGCUCCAAGAAAGUUCAAGUUAAAACUUGCUGGUUUUGCUCCCCAGUUCAGUGGCUACAAUCAACAUGAUUCCCAAGAAUUUCUUGCAUUUUUGUUGGAUGGCCUCCAUGAGGAUCUGAAUCGUGUAAAAUGCAAGCCGUAUAUAGAAGUAAAGGAUGCAGAGGGCCGUCCGGACAAAGAAGUGGCGGAAGAAUAUUGGCGAAAUCACUUAGCUCGCAAUAAUUCCAUAGUAGUUGAUGUCUGCCAAGGUCAGUACCGGUCAAUGUUGGUGUGCCCUGUUUGCAAGAAGGUGUCUGUUACAUUCGAUCCUUUUAUGCACUUAACUCUGCCUCUGCCUUCAACAAUGAUUCGUAAAAUUACUUUGAAAGUUUUGGGCACUGAUGGGAUUAUGUCACCAUUUGAAUCCACUGUCACUGUUUCUAAGAAUGGGAGCUUGAAGGAUCUUACUGAUGCUUUACGUGUUAAAUGUUCUUUGAAAAAUAAUGAAACCCUGCUGGUGGCUGAGAUAUACCAGAACAGAAUUUUACGUUGGCUUGAUGAUCCAUUUGAUUCAUUAACCUUUAUCAGAGAUGAAGACACACUUGUUGCUUAUCGAAUAUCAAAAGAUAGUGAUGCUUCCCCUUUGGUCAUGUUCUCACAUGACCUCUCACGUGACCAGCUAAUGAUGCCUUCUUUCUUUGAGGGGACAGCACCAAGCUCAAAAUUUUUUGGUGUUCCUCUAGUAGCAACGAUAUCUGAUCUCUCCAGUGGAAAUAAUAUCCGCAAUCAGUUUCUGAAGCUGCUUAAGCCAUUACUAAAGCCUGUUGAAGAUGUGGUAAUAAAUGAUUUUGAUGGUGACAAUGAUGCUAUGGGGAUUAUUGGUAAUGAGAAUCCCAAGAUGGAGGAUGCAGUUAGCCCUUCAGUUUCAGAUAGUGAUGCAGGUCCAGUGAGUGGAACAGAGGAUGAUUCUCAUGUGGAUGAUGACUUCAAAUUCUCCUUGGUAGUAGAUAAAAUGGAAUCAAAAGAGAUAAAAAUGAAUGAACCUGUAUUAAUCUCUGGGUUUACCAAAUGGUUGGAAGUGCGUGUCUACUGGCCAGAUAAGAUGAUUGGAAAGUAUGAUAUAGAAUCUCUCAGCUCUUUACCAGAAGUUUUCAGGUCCUUGCCAUUCACAUGGAAGCCUCAAGAGUCUAUUUCCCUCUAUAAAUGCCUUGAAGGUUUCUUACAAGAAGAACCUCUAGGACCAGAUGACAUGUGGUUCUGUCCCAGCUGCAAGAUGCAUCAGCAAGCCAACAAAAAGUUAGAUCUUUGGAGGUUACCUGAGAUUUUGAUUAUUCAUUUGAAACGCUUUUCAUAUAGCCGGAUGCUUAAGAACAAGCUGGAAACAUUUGUGGACUUCCCAAUACAAGAUCUUGAUCUUUCUAAUUACAUUGCUCAACAAAACAGUCAACCAUGUAAUCGUUACAGGUUGUAUGCAAUAAUUAAUCACUACGGGGGCUUGGGAGGUGGUCAUUACACUGCUUUUGUUAAUCUUGGCCAUGAGGAGUGGUACGAGUUUGAUGAUGGAAGUGUUCGCUCUGUCCCUGAAUACAGCAUCAAGACUUCUGCUGCCUAUGUCCUUUUCUAUACAGGAGUACCCCCAGAUGUAUAAAUUAGACAUUUUAGUAGCAGUCUCAUAGCAACUUGAAACGAAGUUCAAAUCCACAACUGGAUUUUGACAAAUGUGAUGUUGUUUUGCUUACCAUCUCUAAUAGGAGAUGGAAUUUGGUUUUACAGUUGUACAGUUUCAAAAGGUUACCAGCCAAAGCAGCAGAAAUUACAGUUGCCUACUGCAUACCUUUUUUCUUCUUCUUUUUUAUUUUUAAAGAAAUUGAUUUUUUUUGUAUGACAAGCAUUGCUUAUAACCUGAUACGACAUGUCUGUCAUUGUUUUAAUUUC